AUGGCCAUCUCCCUGAUGCUCGCUUCCCUAAUCGCUUCCCUUUUGAUCACCGUGGCAGCCUCAAACGAUCUCAGCUUCACAUACAACCGUUUCCCUGCCGCGGCGGCAAACGACAACCUGAUCCUCGCCGGAAUAGCAGAGUUCAAUUCCGACCGCCUCCUACGGCUCACCAACGACAGCAUGCAGGAGAAAGGCCAGGCCUUUUACCCUCACCCAGUCAAAUUCAAGUCAAACGGCACCGUUUCAUCCUUCUCCACGACCUUCGUCUUCGCAAUCAUGCCGCAGUACGCCAAUCUCGGCGGCCACGGGAUCGCCUUGGUCAUCUCCCCUACCAGAGGCCUCCCUGAUUCUCUCCCAAGCCAGUACCUCGGCCUUUUCAACGAGUCCAACAACGGCAACCUCACCAAUCACGUCUUCGCCGUGGAGCUCGACACAAUCUACAGCAGCGAGUUCGGCGAUAUCAAUAACAAUCACGUCGCCGUCGACAUCAACGGUCUGGAUUCACUAUUAGCAGCUCCGGCAGGGUACUACGACGCAGGCGGAAACUUACGGAAUCUGACGCUCAUCAGCGGUCAACCGAUGCAGGCUUGGAUUGACUACGAUCAAGUAGAAAGCCGAAUCGAUGUCACUCUAGCUCCGAUUAGCGCCGCCAAGCCAACAAGAUCCCUGCUGUCAUUGAGAAAAGACCUGUCGGAGAUUUUGGAGGAUACGAUGUUCAUCGGCUUCUCAUCGUCCACUGGCUCGUUCCUCACUCAUCAUUAUGUAUUGGGUUGGAGCUUUAGACUGAAGGGCCAAGCUGAAUCUCUGUCCAUCUCUCCGCUUCCUAGGAUUCCCAGGAUUGGGCCGAAAGGGAAAUCCAAGGCCUUGGCAAUCGCGAUUCCUGUGAUCUCCGUCACUCUGGCUCUGGCGGUGAUUCUGGGGGUCGUUUAUUUGGUCAAGAGGCAGAGGAAGUUCGCGGAGGUGUUGGAAGACUGGGAAGUUGAUUACGGGCCUCACAGGUACAAAUUCAAGGAUUUGUACAGGGCAACCAAAGGGUUUCGAGCGAAAGAGGAAUUGGGUCGGGGCGGAUUCGGCGUCGUUUUCAGAGGGGUGCUGCCCAAGUCCAAGAUCGAGAUCGCCGUGAAAAGGGUCUCCCAUGAUACCCAACAAGGGAUGAGGGCAUUCGUGGCGGAGAUUGUAACCAUCGGCCGGCUAAGUCACCGGAAUUUGGUUGGUCUCCUGGGUUAUUGUCGGCGCAAGGGGGAAUUGCUUCUGGUGUACGAUUACAUGCCCAAUAGCAGCUUGGACAGGUACAUCUACGAUCAACCGAAACUGGUACUAGAAUGGUGGCAGAGAUUCAAGGUGAUAAAGGGCGUGGCUUCAGGGCUAUGUUAUCUACACCAGGGAUGUGACCAAGUCGUGAUUCACAGAGAUGUGAAAGCCAGCAACGUGCUGCUAGACAGCGAAUGGAACGGCAGGUUGGGGGAUUUUGGUUUGGCUAGGUUGUAUGAUCAUGGGUCGGACCCGCGAACCACCCACGUGGCUGGGACUCCGGGCUACCUUGCACCGGAUCAUGCACGAACGGGGAAGGCCACGCCGGGCAGCGAUGUCUACGCUUUUGGGGCCUUCCUGCUGGAGGUGGCCUGUGGGAGGCGGCCCAUCGACCCAACGAGGCCCGCUGGAGAGGUGAUACUGGUUGAUUGGGUUUUUGCCAAUUGGGUCAGUGGGCAGAUUGUGGAGGCGAGGGAUCCGAAUUUCGGAUCGGAGUUUGUGGUGGAGGAAUUGGACUUGGUGUUGAAACUUGGGUUGUUAUGCUCUCAUUCGGACCCUGAAGCCCGGCCCAGCAUGAAGCAGGUGGUGCAGAUGCUGGAAGGUGAAUUGCCUCUACCGGAUAUGUCGUCCAUGGGACUUUCCCUUUCAUCCAUUGGCUUGAAUUUUGGUCGUCGUGAAGGGCUCAUGGGGCUUGCUUUAUCAACUUCUCCUUCUUCUGGGUCUUUCACUCAUUUGUCUUCUGCAGAAGAGUCCCUUGUGUGCGGCGGCCGUUAG